AUGUCGAGACUGCUCGCAUACGUGCCGAGGUUGGCGCUGCUUGUAGCGCUGGAGCUACUGCUGCUCAUCCCAGUUCAGGCUCAAUUCUUCCAGCAGUUCUUUGGAGGAGGCGGGGGUGGAUCCAUGUUUGGUCACAGAGAGCAGGAGCCACCACCGUCCGGCGACGUGAGCUGGUUCGAAGCAAGGGUUGACGCAGCACAGUGCACGCAGUAUCUAUGUCCUCGAACGCUCUCGUGUGUCUCCAAGCCAUCACAUUGUCCAUGUCCGUUCCCGCAACAGAUCCGAUGCUCCUACCAAGACACGGAUUCAAUUUCACAAGACCAAGCGAAACGAGCCGGCGGCACGUUUGACGGGGUCGAUGCAGCUCUUGACCUGGGCGGUACAUUCUGCGUUACUGCCGACAGCUGCGACGAGGUCAACAAAAUCCUACAUGCCAAGGCAUAA